AUAUUUAGUACCACGAAACCUAUUGUAUGCGGAACAGGAAAUGAGAAAGCAAGGGGAGUUACUCUUAUACAUUUCCGGCUGUCAAAAAAAUCGGGAAAAAUGGUAAACACGGAAAAUGUUUGAAUAAAUGAAUUUUACAGGGAAAUACAAGGAUAAACGAUGGAGAAACUUAAACAGCGUCUUGGCAAGAACAAUGCAAUCGACAAUGUAUUAAAUGACAGACAUGUUGAUGAUCAGGAACAAGAAUUAGCAGAUGACACCGACGCAUUCACAAAUUCAGCAUCCAGUGAGCUCGAGGUGGACAUUUCAUUACGACUCAAGUUGUCAGAAUCUUCAAAUAGUGUCCAUGAGAAAAAUUGUAGUGGUGUUUACAAUGAGGAAUCAAAAGAAAUUCAUGUACCAGAUUUUGACAGUGAAAAUCCCAUGAGUGGGCGGACAGUUUUUGAAAUUAUCUCCACUGACACAAUCAAAGAUGGACAUUCUAACUUUGUGAUAUACAGGAUUUUGCUCACUAAAUCCUCGAUAGUGGAUCCAAACCCUGUUGUUGUUGAGAGACGUUACUCAGACUUUCAACUGCUUCAUCAAAAUCUUCAUAAACAUUUCAACGAACAAAUGGACGUUAUAUCAUUCCCAAAGAAAAGAUUGUUUGGUAACUUCACGCCAAAAACUAUAGCAAAAAGAAGUCGCGCUUUUGAGCAGUAUCUUACGCAUUUAUAUACCAUUGACGAGAUUCGAUUUUCACAAGUAUUUUUAGACUUUUUUUGUCUGGCCGAUCUAAAAGAAGCUUACAACUCUAUGUUAGAUGUAGAAUACGAAAAAGCAAUCACUUGCUUCCAAAAGGUGCUACUUAUUCAAGAGAAGAUUUUAGGGUUUCUCAACCUGAAGAUUGGCGAGACGUUGUGCGCGUUAGUUUCAUGCUGUCAAACAGUCGAGGAUGAUAUGAUGGGAUUGAAGUAUGGGAGACAAGCGUUGAAGUGCUACGCAAAUCAUGAAGAGAACAAGUAUUACCUCCCCUUGCUGCAGAGCUGCGUGCAUUUAUGCUGGAAAACUGGUGAAGAUAAAGCCAAGUUAGAAGAAAUAUUAAAUCAGAGAAAAAGAGACUCUAAGGAUCUUCCUUCAUUAUUGUCUGUGGUUCACAGCUCGGUUAUUUUAUGAGAAAGAUUGUCAUGUAUUUAUAGAUAUCUAUUGUAUUGC